GCUGUGGAGGAGGAGGUCAGCAAACUUCUUCGGAUAAGGGGAGACUGGUCGUCAGGGAGAUAAUGGAGAUUAAAGUGUGCUAGAACCCGCCUGGCGCCUUUUCAGCACCAUCUGGAAGUUGAUCCUGCUGGGGUGAAUAAUCUACAGGUUCCCUCCAGGCUUGAGAGACUAUGAAUUCUUGAUUUUUUUGGGGGGUGAAGAGACUGUGCUAUCCAGCAAUUCUGAGUGCUGUGAUUGUCCACAGACACCUGCCUUGGGACAAGUGUGACGCCCGAAGAUGGAGAGAAUGUCCCUUGCAUUCCAGGGUGACACUGGUGACUGUGCUCUCCAGGGGUGAGGCCAGCUCCCACUCCACCCUUAGCCUGUGUGGGAAGACUGUCAAGUGUGGCCAAUUGGCAGAGUCAUAAGGUGACACUGACCCACAGCAAGGUGCCCGGCUGUGCCCGGCUGUGCCCGGUCUUGCUCCAUUGCUUGGUUGACCUCAGAGGCUCCUGUUUUUCUCAUCCCUUCUGAUCAGAGAAGAACUGCAGCUGAGAGUUGAUCCCUUUCUCUUCAGCGAAUGGUUGCAUUUCCCUUCUCGCUGAAAAUAAAAAGAGCAGAUUUCUCCAUCAGACCCCGGACCUGUAGACUGACAUUAGCAAUGUUGUGAUGUCAGCAAAGGGACAAAACAAGAAAAAGAGAUCCAAGGGAAAAUGCAGUGGAAGGCAUUUGGGUUUGUCAUAGGGCUCAUGGCUGUGUGGAUAACAUUUUUAUUCCUGUAUAUCAACAAUUUAGUGCCAUAGAAAUACCCACAAGUGGGGAAAAUCUCAAACACUUCAGUCCUGACAGAAAUCUGUGACACGAUUGUGACAGGAAAAAGAGUCCUCCUGGGUGAACAUAUGCCAGUGAGACUUUUGAGAAAUAUGUCUUGCCAACAAUACUUGAUCCAAAACCACUACGUAAUGAAACCUCUGUCCAAACAGGAAGCCGAGUUCCCUUUGGCAUAUGUCAUGGUGGUUCACAAAGACUUUGACACAUUUGAGAGGCUCCUCUGGGCUGUUUACACUCCUCAGAAUGUCUACUGUGUGCACGUGGACAAGAAGGUGACAGCUAUGUUCAAACUCGAGGUGGAGCAAUUGCUGAGCUGCUUCCCCAAUGCCUUUCUGGCUUCCAAGAUGGAACCCAUGGUCUAUGCAGGAUUUUCCAGGCUCCAGGCCAACCUGAACUGCAUGAAAGACCUGGUGGCCUCCGAGGUCCCCUGGAAGUACAUCAUCAACACCUGUGGGCAAGAUUUCCCUCUGAAGACCAACAGGGAGAUCGUUCAGUACCUGAAAGGGUUCAAAGGGAAGAAUCUGACCCCCAGGGUGCUGCCCCCUCCUCAUGUUCUCCGAAGGACCAAGUAUGUGCACGUGGAGCAGAGAUACUCUUGGUUCUCCUUCGUGCUAUGGACCUGGCUGAGGAAACCACCUCCGCCCCACAACCGGGCCAUUUACUUCGGCUCUGCCUACGUGGCCCUCACCAAGGAGUUUGUCCAUUUUGUUCUGGAAGAUCCGAGGGCCAUUGAUUUACUCAAGUGGUCGAGGGACACCUACUCUCCCGAUGAACAUUUCUGGGUGACACUAAAUAGGAUUCCAGGUGUCCCUGGUUCUAUGCCCAAUGCGUCCUGGACCGGAAACCUUCGAGCUGUAAAGUGGAUUGACAUGGAAGAUAAACAUGGAGGCUGCCAUGGCCACUAUGUACAUGGUAUCUGUAUCUAUGGAAAUGGAGACUUGAAGUGGCUGAUGGAUUCGCCCAGCCUGUUUGCUAACAAGUUUGAGCUGAAUACUUACCCCCUCACCGUGGAGUGCCUGGAGCUGAGGCUCCGGGAGAGAGCCCUGAAUCAGAGCGAAACUGCCAUCCAGCCCAGCUGGUACUUCUGAUCUGGGGAGACCCCAGUUGGCAGGAGGAGCCUAGCUUGGCUGGAGACUUUCGCCCUGGCGAUGCUCAGGGUUUCAAGACCACAGCAAUGGUGUGCUGGCUCCAGGACCUGGUGACAUAAUUAGACCCAAAACAGCCACUGGACACUGUGAAGGAUGCUAAGCUAACAAGAUAGCUGCGUAGCGCGAUCCUGGUGCUUUGGCCAGUUUCUGAUGCCCAUCUCUGUGUUAGGCUGUUGUGCUGAUCGGUGAUAAAUGAAAUGUCGUCAGAUCAUUGCACAAGAUGCUCCCCACAGAAAGACGCCCGAGAGAAGAGAGAAUGGUUGAUGACGCUGUGUGGGAAAAUAAGAAUUGAGUUCCUCUGCACAAGGGGUCUUUGAGGACACAGCAGAGGCCGAUUUCCCUCCCACAGGGCAGAUGUCGUUCCCAAGUUCAGCACUCACGCAGCACGUGCUGUGUCGGAAGCUGUGUGUGCAAGGAAACCACUGACAAGAGACAGGAGCCACUGCCUGCUGCUGCAAGGAAAGGCCCCCAGCGAUGCAAAACAGUUCUCUGCCGAAUGCCACAGAGCUCUGAUUCUCUACCACGCUUCCCAUCAAAAAAGCUGAGAAAUCCUCACAAGGAUGAAGGUAUCCUGUCAGUCGGCUCCACACACAGCCAGCCUGGAGUCAGGGACACCUCGGAGCGAACAACUUCUCCGACUCCUCCCCCAGUGUUAUUCUCCUGGCAAAACAGAGACCAGAUCCCACCUACAAGGGUUUACAGCAGCUCGGGGUUGCUGGCGCAGCUUCAUGGCGCCCGGUGCUGAGAAUACCACCCCUCCGAAGAGCUGCCCAUUAUGGGCGGGCACUAUAAGGUCACUGGUCCCCCAUUCAUUCAUUCUGCCCGCAUCCAGUACAUCUGUGAGGGCCUCGGAUCCUCUAGAUACGUGCCGAGACAAGAAGGAACAUGAGACGGAAGCUUUCACUCCCAAACUCGUGGAAAUAAAGCUGGGUGCGGCAACACAUGCCUGUAAUCCUCACUAGUUGGGAGGCCGAAACGGGAGGAUGCCCUGACUGAGUCUGCUCUCCAGGACCACACACACACACAGCACAACUCUUGGGAAUCAUGUUAACACUCGAUAACCUGCUGUGGAGAGUCUUACAAAAUGGUUGUGUUGAGCACAUUCCUAGUGUGAUCAUAUAUUGUGAUACCAGACAAAGGAGAUGGGUUAUUACCCGUUGAGCGCUACGUCAGAUUGUCCAGAAGGGAGCAGCAGAGAUGGGACAGAAGCUCCCUCCCACCUGCUGCAUUCUAGCUGUUCCGCUGGCUUCCUCUUCCUCCUCUCAUUCAAACCUGGCAUCAGUCUCCCAGGGUUCUCGUGAUCCACCCAUUUCGCAGAUGAAGCCACUGAGGCUGAGAGAGGUUAACGUGCAUCAGGGAACUGACUCUGCCUGAGAAUUGGGAUUCUCUUACUGAUCUUCUCAGUUCAUUUCCUGAGGUGGAGUAUGAGAGAAGGUGAAAUAAAGCCAUAUUUAAUAUACCAGAGGAGGUAGAUUUUAAGAAUGGGCUCAGUGUUAAUGUUGAGAAAAAGUCCUGUCACCUCAGAAAAAUGUGAAGUCUACUGUAGUGCUCCUCUAGUCCUGAGUCCCUAUUUAUUUAUUAUAAAGAAAAGCACAUAGCAAAACUGAUGAUGCAUUUAAUUAACACAAUGUUAUUUUUUCUAUAAUUGUACCUGUUGAAUGUUAAUCAUAUGUAAAGGGAAUGACUUUUUUUUUUUUGGUACCGGGGAUCGAACUCUGGUCCUUGCGCUUGCACAGCAGGCAGCGAAACCACUGAGCUAAAUCCCCGGCCCAAGGGAAUGGCUUUGAUGUAAGACAUUUUUCCUGCUACUGAAAAAAGUGAAAUUGCACGGAGCAGGAAAGGGAUGAAGGGUAAGAGAAUGUGCUGUAGGCCAGGGGUGAAGUCUGAGCAGUUGUUUCUUUUCACUAAUCUUUUGAAUGGUGGCCCCUGGGAAGAAAAAUGUUUUACACUGGAUCUUUCUCAUGUAGCAUGAGAAAUUUUUCUGGAGCAGAAGAUGUUUACAUGUCUGUGCGUCAUCUCUGGAAGAGUGGCGUCUUUGGGAUGCCCUGAAACUACUAUAUCGAUCUUUGUUUUGGUGAUGUUCUGUUCCCCUGCCCCUUGGAAAUAAAUUAAUACAUUGUUUUUCCAC